CGCUGCGGCCAGGCCGCUCGCCGCAGUCGGAGAUCCGCGCACCAGCCUGCCGGGUCCAGCGAUGCCAAGAACCCGAGUGCCCAGCUGGAAAAGCCUGUGUUGUGCUAAUAUUCUAGAAGAAUUCGAGAUAGGAGAGAGAGGCAUUGGCGAAUGAAGACUAUAAAGGGAAGGAAGGACCACCAAAGGAAACCUGCCAAGACUAGGAGGGUCCCUCAGAGGAAGCCGCCACCGUCAGGGCCUGUUUGUCGGCUGUGCUUUCAAGAAGCUGGGGACCCGGAGACGUUCGGGGAGUUCCUUCAGAAAGACGGCCUCGGCGUGCACUAUUUCUGUCUCAUCCUGUCUAGCAAGCUGCCACAGAGGGGCCAGUCCAACAGAGGCUUCCAUGGAUUCCUGCCCGAAGACAUCAGAAAAGAGAUCGCUCGGGCUGCUAGGAAGGUCUGUUUCGUGUGCAAGAGAAAGGGAGCCGCCAUCCACUGCCAGAAAGAGCGCUGUGGCAGGAACUUCCACCUGCCUUGUGGCCGACAGCGGGGCUGCCUCUCACAGUUCUUUGGAGAGUACAAAUCGUUUUGUGGGAAACAUCGCCCAACACAGGACAUCCAGCGUGGAUCCGUGGGGGAGGAAUGCUGCAUCUUGUGCUGUGAAGAGCUGUCCCCGGCCAGCGUGGAGAACAUUCAGAGCCCGUGCUGCAGCCGAGCCGUCUACCACCGCAAGUGCAUCCAGAAAUACGCCCACACAUCUGCGAAGCACUUCUUCAAAUGCCCACAGUGCAACAACCGGCAGGAGUUCCCCCGAGAAAUGCUGAGAAUGGGCAUUCACAUUCCCGACAGAGAUGCUGCCUGGGAACUGGAGCCGGGGGCGUAUGCCGAGCUGUAUCAGCGGUACCAGCAUUGUGACGCCCCCACCUGUCUGUGUGAACAAGGCAGAGACUGCUUUGAGGAUGAAGGGAGGUGGUGCCUGGUGCUGUGUGCUACCUGCGGGUCCCAGGGAACCCACAGGGACUGCUCGGCUCUCAGGUCCAACGACAAGAGGUGGGAGUGUGAGGAGUGUGCCCCUUCCGCCUCAGCCGCAGACGCGCCCACUUGACGCCACCCCGAACCCAAGCUGACCGCCAGCGAGCCCCGUGUGGACGGGUCUUGCAGGAAGAGGCUCUGGGCAAACCUGCCUUCGUUCACUCCUCAGCCUAAGCCCUUGGCUGGCAGCCGGGGCUCCCGAGGCACAUGCGACGUCUUCCGAAGGAAAGGGGAGUGGCGCUUCAUCUGAGGGUCCUCGGGUCGUUUUUUACUCAUCGCGAGGAACAGGAUUGGCUCUUCCGCGUCACGAGCUUGCUGGCCCACAGGCCCCUGGGCUUAAGCUAUAGUUAGGUAGGGUUUAAGGUUUAAGGAUCUGUCUCGAGAAUCGUUUUGGGUGUUCCUAGUCUCCGAGGGUCCAGAACAUCUGGCGUCCAGGGGAAUUUGGAAUUCAUCAUCUCCUUUGAGUAAGAUGCUUCCAUGGAAUCUUGGAUCAGAACAGCCAAGGCAGCUGGUGUCUUGUGGCCCUGUGUGUGGCAAAGGAGGCAUGUGUCCAGCUCCGCCCCCUCCUCCUCCUGUUCUGCUCCCGACACCCUCUUGCUCUUGUUGCAGACGCGCAGGCCGAGUUACUGGGUGUCCCAUGAAAGCAGGGGCUAAGCCUCAACCAGGAGCCCAAGCGCCCGGCCAUCACCCAGCUGCUCUUGGUGUGUCAGUGCAUCAAGUCAGCCUGCUCACGCACAGCACCUUUCCCUCGCGCGUCUGAGGUCAUGGCUGUGGCUGGAGGGAUGUUCCCGGAAUCUCACUAACAGUAUAAUGUCCCCACUCCUGAGGACACGCUUUCUUCAGGGUCGCCACCGCAGUGAGCACCAGGUUGACUGAGAGCCAAACCUGCAGCUUCCUGUACUCGCUGCCACAAGCCCUGGGUCCACGUGUGUGGGGCUGCUCACCACAAGGUCAGCCGUUCAAAACCACCGGCCGCUCCCGGAGGGCAAGAAAAGGCUUUCUCAGGAGCAGUUCUCUCUGCCCUAUAGGGUCUUUAUGGGUUGGAAUCCACUCUAUUUUAACAACAUAGAACUUUCUGACCUAACGGGAUAAUGACAAGUAGACUCCGGGUUCGUCUUGCUCCUUAGGAGCCAGGUGGCUCCCUGGGUGACGUGUGGGGCUGCUGACCUCAGGGUCACCAAUUACUCCAUGUCAGAAAGCUGACCCUGUCCGCCCCGGUGACGACUGACCAUCUUGGGGGCCCUAAGGAGCAGGAAUUGACCCCUGACCUUGCUGCGAGUCAAAUCUUCUCCCUCAAAGGAAGCGGGUUUCUGUUUAGCUAUCUCUUGGUAAUCCGUAAUCUCAGACACUCUCGUGGACUUCCUUAUAAAUUACACAGGAUUUGGCACUUGGUACGCCUUCCUGAUUUCCUUCUAGAACCCCUCAGCGUCGUCCUCCCCGGCUUGCGGUCACAGACCCUCUUGGUGCUUAAGUGAUUCCGAGGACAGACAAGAUGCCGGGGAGCCGGACAGGACAAUGACGAACAUCACUAUGUCUUUUAAGCCCCUGAAAUUAAUAACUGGCUUAAAAAGCAAAAACAAAGAACAUCUCGGUUUGCUAGUAA